AUGCCAGUUUGGUCAGAAGAGGAGGUGCUGAACCAUUGGAAAGCUGGGGGCCUACUGCAGAUUUGCAAGGAAGAAGCAGACGUGAAGAAGGCAUAUUCCAUGAUUGGAGGGGGUGUGCGAUACUUGCGCAAAUUGCUGGUGGCAGCAGCCGAGAAUAAGACCACUCUGGAAGAGGAAGCAAAGCAGAUGAUUCGCGACUGCGUCGUCAAGUGCACGUUUGAAGACUUGUGUCAGGCUGCUGACAGUGGCGGUGCAGACAUGGAUGCGCAGAACAACAGGAGCAAGAUGAGUCGGGUGCUACACAUCCAUUCGGAUGCCAAGUUUCAGACGCCCAAUGUGAAGUUGAUUGAGUCCGAGGUUGUUCUCAACAUUUUGUGUGACCAACUGGCAGAGAAGCAACGGAAAGCUCUUCCUGACCUUAUCAGGGCAAGUUUGAAUAUCACCCCUUUGGGCACACUGUGCGGUCGGCUAUUUCAGAUGCACGUCGCCGAGGUUUGCAAAUCCAAGAAGGUGGAGCUUGUUUGCACUGCGUUGAAGACGAAUAAGGACAAGACAGAGUCAGCUGCAGUCAAAAUUUGCAUCCCGACCCUUCAGAAGAUGCUCAAGAAGUUGGGUGACCAGCCACCGCCAAAGCCUUUGCCAGAAUUUGAUGAGAAUUGCUUGUAUUGUCCUGAAUCUGAGACAUUUCCAGCCGCUGAUUUUUUCUUUGUUACCAAUGAGGGCAAGAACAUCACGCUUUGGCUACUGCAGGUCACGAAGGCAAAAAGUCACGACUGCAAGAUUGAUGCUUCUUACGGGCAGUUCAACAACUAUUUCCAACUGAAUGGAGUCAAGAGCAUCAAGUGGGUUGUAGUCGCUCCUGAAGGUGACAUUGCAGAAGGAUAUGCGUCGAGGCAGAAGGUUGUCGGCGCAUGGGGUGUUUCGGAGAAAUGCAAGGUCAACGUUGAGCAGUAUGUGAGUUCAUGGAAGGUAUGA